GGGAGAAUUCAUACACAAAAACAGAGAGCAGCAACGUAACCAUUCCAUAUCUCAUAUUUUUCAUCUUCAACAUCAAUUAAAAAGGUUUUAUGUAUAUUUUAUACAUCAGAUCUUGAGAAGUUGAAAGGAAAGGAAGGAAUUACAAUCAUGGAAAGAGGGAAAGGAGAAAGCGAGAAAGGGAAAGCAAUCAAAUUAUCGGGGAAUCAAGUGAGUUAUGAUCAAGCGGACUCAAUAUUGGUGGAGCCAUGGGGAGGCACUGGUGGAUCAAAAUGGGAUUACAAGUUGAAAAGUCCCAUUAAAGAAAUAUUGGUUGCUCAUGGAGAUAUUAUAGACUCCAUCAUAUUCAUAACUGUUACUGAACAAGGUACUACCAUCGACUCACCAAAGUUUGGUGGGGGUGGAGGUCGAAAAGACAAGGUAGUUAUUGAGGCAACUCCAUUGGAAUAUUUAACAGGUAUCAAGGGAACAUUUGGACAUUGUGGCAGCCAUUUGGUUAUAAAAUCUCUAUGUUUUAUAACUAAUGCAAAGAAUUAUGGACCAUUUGGGCCUGAGGCUGGUGGAACCCCAUUUUCACUUGUGAUGAAAGAAGGUGUAGCUAUUGUGGGAUUUCAUGGGCGUUAUGGAGCGUAUCUUGAUGCUAUUGGUGUUUAUUUGCAAAAACUUGCUCCUCCCAAUUCAGCAAAGGAACCUAUGGUUGAAGACAUUGAAAUUCGUGACGUCUCAUUUUCUACCCUUCGCAAGGACUCUCUCAAUGUUCUAGAUUUCAUAGAGAGCUUAAAGAAUGAAGAAAUUCAAGAAGCUGUUGACAUGGAUCUAACUAAUAAGCUGAUAUUGGAGCUAGACUUCCUUAUUCUAAAUCUCCAUCAUCUUUCCAAGUAUUGUGUUGAAGAACUUUCUCCAUUCAUGACCGAAUAUGAGAUUCUUCAUAAUGUAUGUGGCAACAUAAGAGAUUUCCACGAGUUGAUAGUGAAUGGUUGUGUUGGGCAUGAGAUUGUUGAAUAUGUCUUACCUCAGUUUCAACUAAUGGCUGAAAGAGUAGGACGCUUCCUAUGGCAUAAUCAAAUUUGUGGACACUCUCGACUCUUCAAGCUAGCACAUCUAUUCGUGGAGGUUAUUCCAACUCAGUUGGAGGUUAUGCACAUAUGUCUUACAAAUUUGAAAGAUUCAACAUCAGCAGAAGUUGGACGCUUUAUUAAGCAGCUCCUAGAAACCUCUCCGGACAUUCUUAGAGAAUAUCUGAUUCAUCUACAAGAGCACAUGAUAAAUGUUAUUACCGCUAGCACUCAAGGGGCUCGAAACAUCCAUAUCAUGAUAGAGUUCCUAUUAAUCAUUCUCACUGAUGUGCCUAAGGACUUUAUUCAUAAUGACAAGUUGUUUGAAUUCCUAGCACGUGUUGGAGCACUUACUAGGGACGUAUCAGCUAUUGCUCGCGACUUAGAAGAGAAAUCAAAGAAUGCAGAGAGUACCAAUGAAACAAAUAGUGCAACUCUAGGCUUGCUCGAAAAUAUUGAACUCCUGAAGAGAGAACUCAAAGAUGUUUACCUGAAAGCCCCGGACUCAUCUCAACUAUGCUUUCCCAUGAGUGAUAGACCCCUAUUCAUGCAUCUUCUACUUAGACACUUAAAUGAUUUGCUCAAUUCCGAUGCUUAUUUAGUUGCUUUGAUAAAGGAAGAAAUCAGGCUGGUGAAAGAAGAUCUAGAAUUUAUUAGAUCUUUCUUCGGGAAUGUUGAGCAAGAAUUAUAUAAAGAUCUAUGGGCGCGUGUUUUAGAUGUGGCAUACGAGACAAAAGAUGUCAUUAAUUCAAUUAUUGUAAGAGAGAAUGGUCUCUUACAUCUUAUUUUCUCACUUCCCUUUGCUAUAGAAAAGAUCAAUCUUAUCAAAGAAGGGGUCUCAAAUAUAUUUGAGAAGAUUCCCAAGAACAUGGGCGUCAUUGUUGUAAACUCUCCCAACAAGCCAGUUGAGCGCAAGUCAUCAAUAGCUGGUAAAAUAAUCGUAGGUUUUAAAGAGGAGACACACUUGAUAAUUAGGAAGCUCACCAGUGGACCAAAAACGCUAGAUGUCAUUUCGAUCACUGGUAUGCCGGGUGCCGGUAAAACUACUUUGGCAUACGAAGUGUAUAAUAAUAAGUCAGUUUUUGGUCAUUUUGACAUCCGUGCUUGGUGUACAGUUGAUCAAAAGUAUGACGAGAUGGAGUUGCUGAAAAAACUUUUUAAUCAAGUUGUUGGCUCAUCUUCGAAAUUCGGUAAGAAUGUUGAUGUUUUUAAUCAGCUACGGAAAAAUCUGUUUGGAAAGAGGUACCUUAUAGUCUUAGAUGAUUUGUGGGACACUGCAGCAUGGGAAGAGUUGACAAGACCUUUUCCUGAAGUUGAGAAUGGAAGUCGAAUUAUUUUGACGACUCGAGAAAAGAAAGUGGCUAUGCAUGCACAACGCCACAGUGAUCCUCUUGACCUUCGAUGGCUAAGACCGGAAGAAAGUUGGGAGUUAUUAGAGAAAAAGGUCUUUGGAAAAGAAAGUUGCCCUAGUGAACUACUGGAUGUUGGAAAAGAAAUAGUCCGAAAUUGUAAACGGCUUCCUUUGGUGGUUGAUUUGAUUGCUGGAGUCAUUGUAGGGAAGGAAAAGAAAAGGAGUGUGUGGCUUGAAGUUCGAAAUAAUUUGAAUUCCUUCAUUUUCCAGAAAGAAGAGAACGUGAUGAAUGUUAUAGCAUUAAGUUAUGACCAUUUACCUGAUCCCUUAAAGUUGUGCUUACUUUACUUUGCAAGUUUUGAGAAGGACAGAGCAAUUCCAGUAGAAGUUUUGAAAAGAUUGUGGCGUGCCGAAGGAUUUGCGGAACACACAGAGAUGAACAGUGUGGAAGAAGUGAUGGAUGUUUAUUUGGAUAAUUUAAUUUCCAGUAGCUUGGUUAUUUCUUUCAAGGAGAUAGGUAAAGACCGGACUUGCCAAAUUCAUGAUCUUGUGCAUGACUUUUGUUUGAUAAAAGCAAGAGAGGAAAAGUUGUUUGAUAGUACAAGUUCAAGUGCUCCAUCAUCAUCUUCUUCAGAUCCAAUGCCACGUCAAAUGGCCAUUAGAUGUAGCAAGGGGCAUAAAAAUUUUAUCCUGUUCGAUUCAAAAAAUAAAAGGCAUUUUGGUUAUAAACACCUCUAUUCUUUGAGGAUAACUGACUACAUAUAUCAUGACAAAAGUCUUCAUGAUAUAUGUCACCUAAGACACUUGAGGCUUCUUAGAGUGUUGCAACUGGAUGACUCUUUUAUUCUGGUGAAUGAUUCUUUGUUGAAUGAAAUAUGCACACUGGUUCAUUUGAGGUACUUAGAGAUUCGUACAGAAGUUAAAUCUCUGCCUUCGUCGUUUUCAAAUCUCUUAAAUCUGGAAACUCUGUGGGUGAAUAAAUAUGGACCACCCAUGGUAAUAUUACCAACAAUUUGGAAUCUUGUAAAGCUGCGAGUGCUAGGCAUAGAUGAUUGUUCUUUCUUUGAUUUGGUCCAUUUGGAUAAGAAUGAGCCAAUACUGAUAGCAGAGGACUCAAAGUCAGAGAACUUGAGAUUAAUACAGGGACUCAAACUUUCCUAUUCAAAAGACACAGAGGAUAUUUUCAAAAGGUUUCCCAAUCUUCAAGAGCUUAGAUUUAAUCUCAAGGAAUCAUGGGAUUGUUCAACAGGGCGAUAUUGGUUGCCGAAAUUGGACUUCGUAAAUGAACUACAAUCUCUCAAAGUAACUUUUGAAAGAGGCCGAUUUGCCCCCUCUGUAGCGGCAAAUCGGCCAUUGUGGGAUUUUAAUUUCCCUUCGAGUUUGAAAGAUCUGUGGUUGCGCCAGUUUCCUUUGACAUCCGGUUUACUAUCAACAAUAGCGAAACUGCCCAAGCUUGAAGAUCUGUACCUUGAAGACGCAAUCAUCGAGGGGGAAGGAUGGAACAUGGGGGAGGAAGACACCUUCCAGAAUCUCAAAUGUCUGACGUUGCAGCGAGUGACUCUUGCUACGUGGGAGGUUAGAGAGGAAUCUUUUCCUGCGCUUGAGAAAUUACGACUGCGGCACUGUCGUAAGCUUGAGGAGAUUCCGCCUAUUUUCGGGGAUAUUUGUUCAUUAAAAAGUAUCGAACUGAGGUGGAGCCCUCAACUUGAAGAAUCUGCUCUGAAGAUUAAGCAAGAUGUUGAAGAUAUGAUGGGAGAAGACAGGAUUCAGGUCCUUAUUUAUAAGUAUUGAGCACUUUUACCCUGGGAAAAUAUAAUGCAUAUAAGGAAUACUUCUAAUGCAUUCUCCCAGCUAUUUCCGUUCUUCUUUUCUUCAUUUUGUGGGUAAAUAUACUCCAACAUUUGUUCUUUCAAAUUUUUGUUCUUGUAUACUCUCUUUUCUUCUUCGGCGUGGCUUGAAUUGUUUGCAUAUAAGAUGUUACUCCUCAAGUCCAGAAGAAUAUAUAUCUUUCAAAUUGGUAGGCAUUGGAGCAAUGAUGGAAUAAUGCUUUAGGAAGUGGAAUAUUUGGAGGAUAGCAAGAAGUGAGUGAAACAAAAGGCUGGUGAAAUUCACGCGCACCAAGAAUCAGCCCAUUGAUGCAUAUGAUGGGGGAAUAUUCAGGUCAAGAUGUUUCCAUAGGUGCUGCAAUGACUGAACAUGGCUAUCACUUCUGUUCCUCUGUCAUGAAUCUCCAAGGCCUCCAUUGUUGAUUUUGAUGGCGCAAGCUAUUGAAAAAAGUAUUACAAGGGCAUGGGAAUAAUGCUUUAGGAAGUGGCAUUACGAAUAUGCAAAGCAGUGUGGCAACUUCAAGUCCUUACACAAGUAUUGGAUCGAUGAGUUCAAUGACGAGAAGUUUGUUCAAAAAUACAUUUUGAUUGAAGGUGAAAAAAUACUCAUUGGUUAUCCAUUUUUUAAAUAGAUAAUAUGGUUCUUAUCCAUAUUUGACCAGUUUUUAAAAAGUUCAUUAUCCAACCCAUUUUUUAAUGGAUAAUAUGGGUGGUUAACUGUUUUCUUUUAACCGUUUUGCCACCCUACUCGGGACUUUGCUGUAGUGGCUAUUCUCUUGCUAUGUUAGCUGUGAAACAACAGACAAGAGGCUCUACUGAUGAAAUGGUGCUGUUUAGCUACUAAUUAUUAAUUUGUAGGACUUGUAUGGUUAAACAUUAGUUGUAACUCUUUUUGAAAACUAAUGUGUAUCAAGUCUUUACUUUUGAGAAAA